GGCUCAGCGCGUCCCCCGGCGGGAUGCGGGGCGGCGGCGGGAACGGCAGCGAGGGCGAGCCGUGGCCGUGGCCGUGGCCACCCUGCGACGAGCGACUGUGCGUGGCGGUGCCCCUGUGGGUGCUCGUUCCCAUCACAGCCAUCUGCCUGGGGCUCUUCGUGCUCGGCGUGGCGGGCAACGUCCUCACGGUGCUGGUCAUCCGCAGCUACCGCGACAUGAAGACCACCACCAACCUCUACCUGGGCAGCAUGGCCGUCUCCGACCUGCUCAUCCUCCUGGGGCUGCCCUUCGACCUCUACCGCCUCUGGCGCUCCCGGCCCUGGAUUUUCGGGCAGCUGCUGUGCCGCCUCUCCCACUACCUCAGUGAGGGCUGCACCUACUGCACUCUCCUCCACAUCACCGCCCUCACCGUGGAGCGCUACCUCGCCAUCUGCUUCCCCCUCAAGGCCAAGGUGGUCGUCACCAAGCGCCGGGUGAAGGCCAUCGUCGGCGUCCUCUGGGCCUUCGCCUUUCUCUCUGCCAGCCCCUUCUUCUUCCUGGUCGGCGUGGAGCAGCCCGACAACCACACCGACUUCAGCCGCGAGUGCAGGCCCACCCCGCAGGCCUUGGAGUCCGGCCUGCUGGCCACCAUGUUCUGGGUCACCACCUGCUACUUCGUCCUGCCCGUCAUCUGCCUCAGCGUCCUCUACGGCUUCAUCGGCCGGGAGCUGUGGCGGAGCAACACCCGCCUGCGGGGCCCCGGCUCGGUCCUCCGGGAGAAGGGGCACCGCCAGACAGUCAAGAUCUUGGUGCAGUUUUUACAUGCUACACAGGAGACUUCUUUUACCAAGGAUCAGCUAGUAAAUCAAGGGUCAGGUAAUCAGCUGGAUGGAAGUAGUGUAUCACAAAGGAAAGGAACUAAUAAGCCUGAGAAAAUUUUUGCUGACUUAAUCGAGGAAGCUGUGGUGGUUCUGGCCUUUGUAAUUUGCUGGUUGCCUUUCCACAUUGGCAGGAUCAUAUUUAUAAACACCCGAGACAUGAGGACGAUGCUGGUCUCCCAGUACUUUAACAUAUUUGCUCUGCAGCUUUUCUACCUGAGUGCAACCAUCAACCCUGUCCUCUACAACCUCAUGUCAAAGAAGUACAGGGCAGCAGCCUACAAGCUGCUGUUGCCACGCCGAGCUGCAGAAAGGGCUUUCACAGUAACAAAAGAUGCUAGUGGCUACACAGAGACCAGCGCCAGCACAAGGAACGAGUACACCACCAGCUUCUGAGACUGCAGCCUGCACUUUUUUCCGGCAUUCUUGCCUAAGGAAGGAAACUUCCUAUUUGCAGGAGAGUUGUAAAAGGAUGGACAUUUGUUAGGGCUUGUGGUAUUUCAUAAUUGUUUCUAUUUUGGAAUGUACAGGUAUUUUGGAAUACCUGUAUUUUUGUUAACGGAGCAAGCGGGCACCAUAAAGUAGGUGCAACUUGUUCAAUUCGUGAAAGAUGAGGAACAGUAAAUUGCCAGUAAAACCGUGGUUUUACUUUAUACAUGUUGUUCAUUGCAUAUCUUCUGUGCAAUUUCUAAUAUUUUCUAAAAAUCAUAACAUCAAGGUCUGCAAAGGAGCACUUCUUGGAUUUAGUAAUGGGUAAAAUUCCCAGACUGCCUUUGCCAUUUUAAAUCGGUUUUCUUAUAAACGAGAUUUUGCAAAACACCGUCUCUCAUGGAGACAGACACCAAAAAAAAAAUCACCCUCCAACUUAAACAGCCUUGGAAGAAGAGGUAUAUGUUCUUACUACCUGGUCUCAUAAUCAUGAAGGGGACUUUCCUGGGCAAUUUCAGUAACUCUUCCCUUAGGAAAGCAUCUGCACUGCACAGCAGCCUCUGGGUUUAAUCCUUUUGGCCUGCCCCAUGUGAUCAAAGAAAGUCUCUUAUUCAUAUGCUAGCAGCCAGUUCUCUGUAUUUGUAAAAAUUUAGAUAUUCCAGAUCAUUUCUUUGUGAUAGAUGUGUAGUGUGUGGCAGAUGUUAGUGGUAUGUGUCCACUGUGUCCCGUUGUGUACUGCGUAUGCAAAUAAUAUGCCAAGUUAACCCAUCUUGCCACAAAUGAGACCUGUCACCGAACAUGCUGGACUACACUCAGGACUUACUGCUGUGUAACACUGCACUACAAGUCAAGAGCCAACCCACUAAUUCUGCUCCAAAAGAUUUUAAAUGCAAACUUCAGCUGUACAAUUUAGGAAGGAGGCUCGUUGUGAGAAAAAGCUAGAAGAAGCUGCAGCACUGAUUUCUCCAGAGGAUCGUUGCAUCUAUAAAUUUUACUUGUUACCUUCCUGGCUAUAGUGAUGUAAAUCUGGACCAGAAUCCGUGAAGUGGGACUAUGCUUACAGAAACAUCACUGUGGUAUGUCAACACUUGCCCUUGGUUCUCUGUUAAUUCCUCUUCCUUUUAGGUAGUUGUACAAAGUGAUGCAGUCCCCCCUGAGCCUCCUUUUCUCCAGGCUAAACAAUUCCAGCCCCCUCAGCCAUUCCUCAUAUGAAUUACUGUCUAGACCGUUCCCCAGC